UCGUCAAGUUAAGUGAGGUCAGGGAGCUUCAGCGCAUCCAACCAAACACGGCACACACGGGGCCAGCGAGUGUCUCAUAAAAGACAGAAGAUGUCUACCAGACGACUAGCGUUUUCUCAUCAUGAUAAAGGCUCCAUUGUCAUUGAAAUUGGAAGGAUGUACACUAAGUGAGAAGUGCACCAGCGCACGGACGUGUUUUUAGAACUACUUACACCCUCUGUACCUUCUGGGUACUUAGCGUGAACACCUGCUCGUUAGAAGCAUAUCUGUGUUAGGUACUGUCGCGACUGUAGUCGCCAGGUUAGUCGCCCAAGUUCCUAUUCUAAUUGACGCGCACUUUAUGUUGUUAGUCUAUUGUGCAUCCAGUCUUAGUGGGCACGUGUUGGUGUCUACCUAUAAGGUCUAGGCAAAUUAUGUGACUGAGUCAGUACUGAUGGCUGUUGUCGAUACAUUACUAGUGGUACUUCUCUUGUCGUGUGCACUCUGUGUGUAGGGUUGGGUUGUCAGGAGAGCCAGCCCCUCGCCAUGUCAUCAGAAGCAGGGUGGAGAUGAAGCCGUAUGGUGCACUGCAAGACGUGUGGGAUCCCAAGUAUCUUCACCGGGAGGAGCUGUAUCUCAUCCUCUCCAGAUUCUUACAGAACAUCUAUCUUAAAUAUCUGAUGGUGCCGUCCAAGGACUACCGUGUGCUGGUGGUGGAACCACUGCUGUCCCCAUCACAUUUCAGGAACACACUGGCCAGGGCACUCUUCAACCAUUUCUCAGUGCCUCAUGUGGCCUUCAUGCCGAGUCCUCUACUGGGCACCUUCUCUCUGGGCAGACAGACUGCGCUAGUGGUUGAUAUUGGCUGGCUGGAGACUACCGUAAUACCUUUGUACGAAGGUGUUCCCAUCAUGUCUGCAUGGCAAAGUACGAGUUGUGCUGCCAAGACUGUUCACAAUACGGUGAUGGAGUGUUUGAUAGAGACAGGAGCCAUCACAGACACACACACCCAGGAGCAAAACCCAGCAGUGAAGGAACUCAUUCAGGGCUCUCUGGAGGACAUCAUUGUGUCAACGUGUGCUGUGAGAAGUAUGGACUGUGACAGGACUCCGCCCGAGGUGUCAUUUCCCCUCAGCCAGCAGUACACCCUCUGUCUGCCCGGCCCUGCUCGCGACGCAUGUGCCGAGGGAUUGUUUGAGGAGGGAGAGGGAGAUCUGUCACUACCUUCUGCCGUCCUGGAGUCUCUUUUGAAGUGUCCCUGUGACUGUCGACGAGAUCUGAGUGAGAAUGUUCUGGUGUUGGGUGGCAUUGCUUCCCUGCCUGGACUCAACUAUCGUCUGAAGCAGGAGCUAGAAAGGCUGGCUGGUGACAAGAAUGAGCGGUUCAGUGCCAAGCUGGGAGCUCUGCAGUUCAAGUUCCACCAGCCCCCAGCUCACCCCAGCACUGCCGCCUGGCUUGGAGGCUCCAUAUUUGGUACCUCUGAGGUGGCAGUGCUAGAGAGAGCAGUGAGCAAGGAGAAGUUCAGAGAGAUGAACCAGAGACUGCCCGACUGGACUUCGUGUGACCCUGAACAACACGAGCAGCUGAGACCAGUCCCCACCAGGAAGCUCCUCCCUGCAGCCCCCUCCUCUCUCUACAAGUCAACUACCAAGACACAGUCUGCCCACUGAUUGCUGUACGUUUUUCACUUGUACGUAAUCAUGGGAUUUUGAAUCAUCGAUAGUUUCAUGUUGUAUAAAAAUAGAAUUUCAUGAUUGUAUAAAAAUAGGAAUUUUGUGAUUCGUCGAUCAGAUGUAUAAAAAUACAAUGUGAUUGGGAUCUGGUCAUUCUUCCUGUGAUAAUUCUCGUGCCCUCAGCCAGGGGUGGGAGUAGAUCUGUUGG